AUGUGCGGCAGAUACGCUCUAGGCAUCCGUGCCUCAUUUGUGCGGCAUCAGCUCCAGCAGCAAGGGCUGCAGGUCGAUGAUGCCCCCGCUGACGAUGAAGCCCGUGAGACUUACAAUUUCCCUCCGGGCGCAUACGGACUCGUCUAUCGUGCCGACAUACCCGAUCAAGGCAUUCCUACCGACGAAGAAACGAGAGACGGUGGAAACGAGCAGGAUGCGGAGGCCGCACAGCCUGAUACCUACAACUAUCAGAUCAAGGUCAUGAAGUGGGGAUUGAUCCCCUUCUGGACCAAACGAUCGCCGGAUUAUGGCUCUAUGAUGCGUACAAUCAACUGCAGAGACGACUCGCUAUUUGAGGACCGCGGCAUGUGGACGUCGAUGAAGCGCAAGAAACGAUGCAUCGUUGUUGCCCAGGGCUUCUACGAAUGGCUGAAGAAGAACCCAAGUGGCAAGGAAAAGAUCCCACACUUCGUCAAACGAAAGGACGGGAACCUCAUGUGUUUCGCCGGCUUGUGGGACUGCGUCAAGUACGAAGAUGCCGACUCAAAACUGUAUACGUAUACCAUUAUCACGACCGAUUCGAACAAACAGCUCAACUUCCUUCACGACCGCAUGCCUGUCAUCCUUGAUCCUAGUACCGAUGCGAUCAAGAUCUGGCUAGAUCCGAAGAGAAACAAAUGGUCCAAGGAACUGCAAUCUCUGCUCAAACCGUUUGAGGGCGAGUUGGAUUGUUAUCCUGUAACGCAAGAAGUUGGCAAGGUUGGGAACAACUCUCCCAACUUUAUUGUACCCGUGGACAGCAAAGAAAACAAGAAGAACAUUGCCAACUAUUUUGGCAAUGCGCAGGCGAAAUCAAAGCUGAUCAAAGAGCCGCAGGAGCAUCGAGCGACCGUGGACCACGACGGUUCAGAAGACAACGCCCCAUUACCAGUGCCGCUAAAGGAGGAAUCCACCAGUCAGAAGAGGGCUCACGAGGACGAAGGUCUGCCAGACGCGAAACAGCAGAAGUUAGGUUCGCCUGACAACAAAGCGAUCUCUCCAUCCAAAUCUGCGCCUUAUAAGAAGCCGCGGAGUGCCACCAGCAAUGAAGCCGCUAUCCUGAAGUCGAGUCCCAACAAGAAGUUGGAGAAAGGCAAUCAGACGAUCACGAACUUCUUCGCAAAAUGA